AUGGGUUCAAAUAUUAGUUCAACAAAAUUAUCUUCAACCAAUAAUAAUAAUAAUCAUGAAAAUAUUUUACAAAUUUGUUCAGAACAUACAACUGGCAUUAACUGUUUAGCAUUAUGUGAGAAAAAUUCCCUAUUAGCCAGUGGAUCAGAUGAUGGUUUAAUUUGUUUAUGGCAAUCGAAUACAGCUGAUGGUGUAUUGACAAAUUUAACGUGUACACAUCAAUUCACUGAACAUCAAGGCUACAUUACAGAAUUAAUGUUUCAUCAUAAUUAUUUAAUAUCGGCCGCAUCGGAUGGUACAAUACGUAAAUGGAAUUGUAAUUUAGGAAAAUGUGAAUAUGUAUAUGUAGGUCAUAAAGAUGUGAUUAGAAAAAUUGUCUGUGUCAAUAAUUAUAUAAUAAGUGGAUCACAGGAUAAAACAGCUAUUUGUUGGAAUUUUCAUACUGGAGAAAUUUUAAACACAUUCAAAGGACAUACACGUCUUGUCAAUGCAGUGGCUUAUUUCGGUACAGUGAUCAAUGUAUUUCGUAAUGAUAAUGAUAGUUCGGAAAUCAUUUCAACUGCUGGACAUUUUGAACAUGUUUAUACAGGAUCAGCUGAUCGUACUGCGAAAUCAUGGAAUCUUAGAACUUCUAAAUGUGUUGUCACAUUUGAAGGUCAUACACAACCAAUCACAGCGAUUGAAACAUAUAAAGAUGGUGAAAUCCUGCUGACUGCUUCUAUUGAUAAUACUAUACGUAGUUGGUUUACACAGUCUGGUGUACAACAAUUUAUAUUUGUUGGACAUAAAGGAACAAUUAUCUCGAUGCAUAUUAAUAAUAAAAUGUUAUAUACUAGCAGUAUUGAUCAUACAGCAAGAUCAUGGUCUAUUGAAACUGGUAAACCGAUUCGAGUAUUUCAUAAACACAGUCGUCCAGUGAAUUUUGUUAGAAAUUAUGAAGGAAUGGUAAUUACUGCUUGUAGUGAUGGAUGUGUGCGAGUGUUUGAUGAAAAAACUGGUGAAUUAUUAAAGAAAUUAAUGCAUCCAAAUCAAGAAAGUUGUAUUACAUUCCAGAUUUAUGGUGACUAUUUAUUUUCUGCAUCCAAUGAUGGUAAAAUUUAUAUUUGGCGCUAUUUCGAAUCGGAAAUCAUGAAAAAAGAUGAAGAUUAA